AAGAAGACCAAUUUGAGAGAGAGAGAGAGAGAGAGAGAGAGAGAGAGGUUGAGGAAGGGGGAGAAGAGAAGAGGAUGGAUGCGCUGAGAAGGCAAGCAAGCAAGUUCAAAGAUCAAGUAGCAAAGCAGCAGCAAGCGGUUAUAAAGCAGCUUGGAGGAACUGGUUAUGAGAGCUCUAAUGUGAUGGUUAUUGAUGAAGUUGAAUUGCAGAGGCAUCAACAGCUAGAGAAGUUAUAUAGGUCUACUCGUGCUGGGAGGGAUUUUCAGAAGGAUAUAGUUCGUGCUGCUGAAGGGUUUUCUUCCAUCCAACAGAAACACAUUGAAACAUGUACAAAACUAUCUGAGGAUUGUUAUAAAUAUGGAACUGACAACAAUGUUAGUGAUGGGAGUCUGGCCAAAGAAGCAUCUUUAUAUGGGGGUGCAUUGUUGAAUAUAGAAAAAGAACAUGAAGAGUUCAAUAAGGUUCUCUCUUCACAGGUUAUAGAACCAUUAAAAGCAAUGGCCAUUGGUGCCCCAUUGGAGGAUGCUCGCCAUCUUGCUCAGCGCUAUAGUCGGAUGAGACAAGAGGCUGAGACACUGGCAGCAGAAGUUUCAAGAAGACAAGCUCGAAGUAGAGAGGCUCCCAUAAUGGAGAAUACUGCAAAGCUUCAGUCUUCGGAAUCCAAAAUGCAAGAACACAAAGCAAACAUGGCAGUCCUAGGAAAAGAAGCAGCUGCUGCAUUAGCUGCAGUUGAAUCGCAGCAACAAAGGCUAACUUCCCAACGCCUAUUAGCCUUGCUCGAAGCUGAAAAAUCAUUCCAUCUAAGAGUAGCUGCUAUAAUAGAUGAUGUUGAAGCUGAGAUGAUUUCGGAAAAACAAAGAAAAGAAUCUGUUCCUCCAUCAGCUCCUUUUGCUGUUCCACUAGCUCAACCGCAUAAAAAUUCUGAGAAGGCCUUGUAUUUUCUUGCCGAGGCAAUGCAUCCAUUUACAGGUGCUUCUGAAAAGGAACUGAGCUUGCAGUCGGGUGACUAUGUUGUCGUUCGACAGGUGAACCCAAAUGGCUGGUCUGAAGGAGAAUGCAGGGGCAAGGCUGGAUGGUUCCCAACUGCAUAUGUGGAGCAGCGACAAAAUAUUCCCCCCAAUAAGGUCUUUCCUCAAAUGGUCUAGUUUUCAUGAUCCUGUGAACAUCUUAAUCUGCUGCAAAUCAUGUUCAAGUUUGCAAAAAAGCAAGUGCUUUUUUUCAUAUUUUUUUGAAAAAAAGAGCUGCUAGAGCUAAACAGGAGCAAGUGCUUUGCAUGCCCAUGUGUUAUCUGUAGAUCAUUCAUAGGCAGUGCAAACUCAUUCCUUAUUGAUUGUUUCUUUUCUGAAACUGAAACCCAUGAGAAUUUGUAUUCAUGAUUUACUACAGUUUUGUUUGGCUUCAAUGAGAACUUUGAAUGUGAAAUGUGAGAAGGAA